GGGGGCAGGUGCAGGUGCAGGCAGCGGCGGCUGAGGGGCUGCUGGAGGCUGGGGAGGCCCGGACGCGGUGCAGGAAGCCGCCGACCACGUGGGCUCCUGAUCGUGGGCGCCCACAGCGCGGACAUGGCGGGCUGGUGGCCGGCGUUGUCGCGCGCGGCCCGGCGCCACCCGUGGCCCACCAACGUGCUGCUCUACGGCUCGCUCGUCUCGGCCGGGGACGCGCUGCAGCAGCGGCUGCAGGGCAGCGAGGCCGACUGGCGCCAGACGCGGCGCGUGGCCACGUUGGUGGUGACCUUCCACGCCAACUUCAACUACGUGUGGCUGGGCCUGCUGGAGCGCGCGCUUCCGGGCCGAGCGCCGCGCGCCGUGCUAACCAAGUUGCUGUGCGACCAGGUGGUCGGUGCGCCCAUCGCGGUCUCGGCCUUCUAUGUCGGUAUGAGCAUUCUCCAGGGAAAGGAUGACACAUUUUUGGACCUGAAACAGAAAUUCUGGAACACCUAUAUGAGCGGACUGAUGUACUGGCCCUUUGUACAGGUGACCAACUUCAGCCUUGUUCCUGUUCAAUGGAGAACAGCUUACACUGGAGUCUGUGGUUUUCUCUGGGCCACCUUCAUCUGUUAUUCCCAGCAGAGUGGUGACGGCACAUUCAAGUCAGCUUUCACCAUUUUAUAUACAAAGGGGACCAGUGCCAUAGAAGGGUCCCCGGAGAAAUGAGAAGUCAAGGACUCUCUUAAAGGGACCACAUUUUUGACCUAAAAUGCACAGAAUUGCCUGCAGACAAAAUAUUUGAUGUGCCAAUUAUGCACUUCAUUUUGAGGAAUAACUACUAUUUAUAGACCCACUUUUUAAAAAAUUAUCAAUGAUUAUUUUUGAAUUGUAUUCAGACAUUUUUUCCUGAUCUAGUCUGAAAUAUUACUUCUCUAAUAUUUUGGUUAAUAUGAAUAACAGUGGCAAAAUGGCAUUUUAGAAUUAUUAGUAUUUCUAAUAUUUUAACGCAAGUUUCAGGAAACUUGGUUUCUUGGUUGUGAUUGUUUACAUUUCUAUUCUAAAAUCUCAGGUUAUCUCCUGAACACUUCUGGGCAGAUGAAGUUUUAUACCAAAAAAUAGUUCUUAGAGUGAAUUUUAAUUUACAUAGAACUCAAUCGAAAUGAAGAUUUAAUAACCAGAUUUGUUUCCCCAAAACAUACAUAAUUUGUUAUUUUGAUACUAAAAUUUAAUAAAUACCUUUUUUUUUUUUUUUUUUUUGAGAUGGAGUCUGGCUCUGUCACCAAGGCUGGAGUGCAGUGGUGCCAUCUUGGCUCUCUGCAACCUCUGCCUCCUGGGUUCAAGCGAUUCUCCUGCCUCAGCCUCCCAAGUAGCUAGGACUACAGUCGCCCGCUAUCACGCCCAGCUAACUGGUGGUGGUAGAGACGGGGUUUUACCAUGUUGGCCAGGCUGGUCUCCAACUCCUGUCCUCGUGACCUGGUGAUCUGCCCUCCUCAGCCUCCAAAAGCGCUGGGAUUAUAGCCGUCAGCCACUGCGCCCUGCCCCCAAAUUUGCUUUGCAUGGAGAAAACUCUAACAAGUCCUCUUGAACACAGUUUUCUGAUAACCCAGAUCAAGGAACUACCCAGGCUUCACCACUAUGCGAUAUAGGCAUGUGAGAAACUCGUACUUAUACCCCCUCAAUACAUUAAAACUAAAUAUAUAUAUUUUUUAAAUCAAUGGGCCAGGUGCAGUGGCUCACGCCUGUAAUCUCAGCACUUUGGGAGGCCAAGGCGGGCGGAUCACUUGCGGUCAGGAGUUCCAGAUCAGCCUGGCCAGCCCGCCUCUACUAAAAAUACAAAAAUUAGCCAGGCGUGGUGGUGCAUGUCUGUAAUCCCAGCUACUUGGGAGGCUGAGGCAUGAGAAUCGCUUGAACCUAGGAGGCAGAGGUUGCAGCGAGCCAAAAUUGUGCCACUGAAUUCCAGCCUGGGCAACAGACUGAGACUCUGU